AUGUCGGACAAUUGUGUUGUUAUUGAACCUUCAGCUUUGUCGGAGUUUCGUUCAAAACGUGUCCGUCAUGAUAGUUAUCAACGAAUUAAUUCUGAUGAAAUUUAUCAAUCAUUUUUUAUAACGCAUACAUGUUAUGAUUGCAUGCCAAAAAGUGGAAAAGUUCUUUUACUUGAUGCACGUUUAUCAAUACGUAAAGCUUUUUUUGCACUUGUAUAUAAUAGUGUUCGAGCAGCACUCGUUUGGCAUGCACCAACAUCAUCCAAUAUUGGUUUAAUUACCAUAAGUGAUUUUAUUAAUAUGCUUAUCGCUGCUUAUGAUUCGAAAUGGAAUAGUGUUGCUACUUUGGAAACUUCAUCAAUAUUAGAAUGGAAACAAAAUUCACAGAAAAAAAGUGGAGCAUGUAAUCAAAAUUUAGGUUCAACUAUAAUUCAAUUAAGUCCAGAGGAUAGUUUAUAUACAGCAAUUUUAACAUUAAUUGAACAUAAAAUUCAUCGUAUACCAGUUGUUGAUCCUACUACACAUGAUUUUUUAUUUUUAAUUACACAUAAACGUAUAUUGAAAUUUUUAUAUUUAUACAUUUAUGAUCUACCACAACCUCAUUUUAUUCAUCAAACUUUAGAAGAGCUUAAACUUGGUACCUAUGACAAUUUAGUAGUGAUUGAUCUAAAAACAAAAUUAAUUGAAGUUCUUCGUAUCUUUCAAAGAAUACGUAUAUCAGCAUUACCAGUUGUUGAUAGUGAAAAACGUCUACGUGAUGUUUAUUCUAAAUUUGAUAUUAUGCAUUUAGCAGCAACACGUACAUAUGCCAAUCUUGAUGUUCCAUUAUGUGAUAUACUUGAUUCAAUUCAUGAUCAUAAUACAUAUCAACUAGCAACAUGUAAAAUGACCGAUCAAUUAUUCGAACUUAUGGAUAAAUUUGUCUCUCGAGAGGUGCAUCGUCUGAUUAUAGUAGACGAUAGUCAAAAUAUUAUUGGCAUUCUUUCUAUGUCUGAUUUGAUGAAAUUUUUUGUAACAACAUUUCAAAGAUGUAGUCGUAUGAGUUCAAAUGCAUCAACCGGUAAUUCUAAUGGAUCUGUCUUCGAAAGUGUACCAAUGGAUGCUUAA